AAGUAUUAUUACAGGCGUCAGUUGAGUGUGGUAUGAGCUGUGUGACUGGGUUCUAGUUCUAGAGCAAAGGCGUCGGUCGCACGUACGGUGUGUGGAUGUUCUCACGUGCGAAACAGCCUUGCUCCCAUUGGGUCCCCUUAAUUCCCGAGCAUCUAUUCACACUCUCACCUCACUCACACGCACACACGCUCACACACUCGCACUCGCUCUCGCUCUCGCUCUCGCUCUCCGGAAUCACAGAAAUCUCAACGAACACAACGCAAAGCAGUGAGGCUGAGACAGGGUUUUGUUUUCCCGUUUUUCUUCUAAUUCCUUUACAGCUCAACCUGCGUUUCUCUCACUCUCGCAUCUCAGAUCGAAAUCCAGCACUUGUAUAUUCUGGACUGAAUAAUGGGUUGCAUACUAUUCUAUGUUUAGCUUAGCAUGCUGGUUUAACAUGGUGUUGGUGGAAGGAUGAGUGGGACAUCGGUCCUUAGCCAAACCCAUCUUUUGUCACUGCCAAAUAAUCCACCUCAAAGCUCUGAAUUGAAUUCAAAGUUCAAUGAUAAGGGAUGGUUGUCUUUGCUUAAGAGAUGCAAGAGCAUGGAAGAGUUUAAGCAAGUUCAUGCCCAAAUUCUAAAAUUGGGCCUUUUCUUGGAUUCUUUCUGUGGUAGCAAUCUUGUUGCCACAUGUGCUCUUUCAAAAUGGGGCAGCAUGGAGUAUGCUUGCUCUAUCUUUAGGCAAAUUGAGGAACCGGGCAGCUUUGAGUACAACACCAUGAUUAGAGGAAGUGUCAAUAACGUGAAUCUAGAAGAAGCCUUGUUUCUUUAUGUUGAAAUGCUUGAAAGAGGCAUUGAACCUGACAAGUUCACCUACCCGUUUGUAUUCAAGGCAUGUUCUCUAUUAGGUGCUCUCAAGGAAGGAGUGCAAAUUCAUGGCCACAUUUUUAAGGCUGGUCUUGAUGGUGAUACCUUUGUGCAAAACAGCUUGAUCAGCAUGUAUGGCAAGUGUAGGGCAAUAAAGCAUGCUUAUGCUGUGUUUGAGCAAAUGGACGAAAGGAGUGUGGCUUCAUGGAGUGCCAUCAUUGGUGCCCAUGCUAGUGUGGAGAUGUGGCAAGAGUGCUUGAUGCUUCUUGGGGACAUGAGCAGUGAGGGGCGGCAUAGGGCUGAAGAGAGCAUUCUAGUUAGUGCUCUUUCUGCUUGCACCCAUUUGGGGUCUCCCAUUCUUGGAAGGUGCAUACAUGGGAUCUUGUUGAGGAACAUUAGUAAACUCAAUGUUGUUGUGAAGACUUCAUUAAUUGACAUGUAUGUCAAGUGUGGUUGCCUUGAGAAAGGGCUCAGUGUGUUCCAAAAUAUGGCUGAGAAGAACAGGUUUUCUUACACAGUAAUGAUCGCGGGGCUUGCCAUUCAUGGGCGUGGUAGGGAAGCUCUAAGAGUUUUCUCUGACAUGCUGGAAGAAGGUUUGGCACCAGAUGAUGUUGUCUAUGUGGGUGUGUUGAGUGCUUGCAGCCAUGCUGGUCUUGUCAAUGAGGGUCUACAAUGUUUCAAUCGCAUGAGAUUUGAACACAAGAUCAAACCAACAGUUCAACACUACGGUUGCAUGGUGGAUCUUAUGGGGAGAGCAGGGAUGCUCAGGGAAGCCUAUGACCUCAUAAAGAGAAUGCCAAUUAAGCCUAAUGACGUGGUUUGGAGGAGCCUUCUUAGUGCUUGUAAGGUUCACCUUAACUUGGAAAUAGGGGUGAUUGCAGCUGAGAAUCUUUUCAAGUUGAAUCAACACAACCCCGGGGACUAUUUGAUGCUAGCAAAUAUGUUUGCAAAAGCCAAAAAAUGGGAUGAUGUGGCUAGGAUCAGAACAGAAAUGGCUGAAAAACACUUGGUGCAAAUGCAAAUACUUGGUUUUAGUUUGGUUGAAGCAAAUAGGAAGUUGUACAAGUUUGUUUCACAGGACAAGUCUAAACCACAAUGUGACAUCAUUUAUGAUAUGAUUCACCAAAUGGAAUGGCAGUUGAAAUUUGAAGGCUAUACACCAGACAUGUCACAAGUGUUGCUUGAUGUGAAUGAAGAAGAAAAGAGGGAGAGAUUGAAAUAUCAUAGUCAGAAGUUGGCAAUUGCUUUUGCACUAAUACAGACAUCUGAGGGUUCUCCCAUAAGAAUAUCAAGAAAUCUAAAGAUGUGUAGCGACUGUCAUACGUACACUAAGUUCAUUUCCAUGAUCUAUGAACGGGAAAUCACUGUAAGAGACCGUAAUCGCUUCCACCAUUUUAAAGAUGGAACUUGCUCAUGUAAAGAUUAUUGGUGAAUUUCAUUACAUUUAUGCUUAAAGGAUUCUUAUAGGGAUAGUAUUUUUACUUCUUGACAUUUCCCACACAUAUUUGUUAUUCGAGUAAAUAGAUAACUAAUUGACAUAUGAUUGGGACAUUGUGGUAUCUUGAGCAUCUUUUUUUCUACCAAUGAUAUUGUUAUCCAUAGCACACAAGCAACUCAAGAAAAAAGGUUUUGGUUAAAUCGUUUGACAUUUUCCAUUUACUUGUUAUAGAAAU